AUGGACGUUAUCGGUACUGAUGUCGGACGUUCGGGUGGAGUACCGGUGAUCAGGUCGACCGCACCGCCGAGCAGUGUGGGUGCUUCGACCGGUUCGGCUGCACAGGGGACGAACCUGGUGUCUGCUAUGUUUGAACACGCUCUCGCCUCCUUGGCGCGUUUCGAGACACGGAUGGAUGAUUUUGAUCGGAGGUUGGUGCCGCCACAUUCGGGACCGGCGCAGAGUUUUGGCCUACCGUCUCAUUGGUUCACUGAUUCUCUUCCACAGUCGCAACCGAUUUCAAUUCCUACACAAUUGGUUCUGACGAGCAUCCCGAAUCCACCGGGACCUCUCUCGUCCGGUCCGCCACGAUCGGUCGAUCAUUCAGGGCCAGCUACACAGCCCUGGGCUAUCCCGCCGCCGCUCUCUAUGGCUGGCCAGUUGGGUAGUUUUGGAGCGGGAUCGCAGAUUGGCUCGGGGGCGUUGUCCUCGUGGGACCCUCCGGGGACAGGUCAGGGUUUGGCGUUCACGGCUGGUCGUCAGCCGACUUCGUGGGAUAAUCCGACGUGGCAUAACAAUGGAAGUCAGCCGGCAUGGGAAGAGCCACGCGAUGUGAAGAUGAAGCCGUCGCGCUUCAAUGGUACGGAUGCGGUGAAUUGGAUUGCUCGGGUUCAAUAUUAUUUCGAUCAUCUGAGGAUGCCUGAGGCGUAUCGCCUACAUUAUGCGGUUAUGCUUUUUGAAAACCAAGCGGCGGAGUGGGUGUUUAAUUAUCGUGCUAGGUCUCUCACGGAGUACAACGCAACCUUUGAGUCUAUGCGCAAUCGGAUCUCGAACGUCUCGGAGACCACCUUUUUACCUAUCUAUGUGGCGGGCCUCCGACAACCCAUUCGGAGCCAGGUUAAACAUCAACAUCCCAGAUCGGUUGUUGCCGCAAUGGCCCUCGCUAUGGAGUUUGACGGCGAUAAUAAUAAGAGUGUCGCACAAUCAGGGUCUCAGCGGCGCAAUUGGAACUCCAGGGAUCAGCGGGCCCAACCGGCGGGUUCAACCCUUCCGCAGCAACAAUCCCAGCAGGCGACGAGACCGGUGUAUGCUAGGGGUCCCGAGUAUUCAAAGCUGCCUGUUAUUCGAUUAACUGCAGGACAGCGGGCUGAUCGCACCCGACGGGGGGUGUGUUGCUACUGUGAGGAGAAGUGGGUGCCGAAUCAUGCUUGCAAACGUCCUUUUCUGGCCUAUAUGGGUGGCGUUGAUGAGGACGAGGUUGGGGAGUCGGACACACCAGAGGAUCAGCCGGAAUCUAAGUUAAUCACGGCUGACCUCUCGCAUAUUUAUGCGCUGGAGGGAAAGCAGCACCCGGAGGCGGUGGAGCUAAGGGGGACAAUCGAGGCGGACCCGGUGGUGAUUCUCGUAGACACGGGCAGCUCCCAUGAUUUCUUACAUCCGAGGGUGGCACAGAAACUCUCCUUACCGCUAACGGCUAAUAAACCGUUUCGGGUCUAUGUGGGCAAUGGCGCUUCAUUGGUGUGCUCACACGCUAGCCUACAGACACGGAUAGUGAUCCAGUCGAAUGUAUUCUUAGUGGAUUUGCAUAUAUUGCCAGUGCAUGGACCGGAUGUCAUUUUGGGGUUAGCAUGGCUGAAAUCCUUGCGGCGGGUCACGAGCGAUUUUGUGGAAGGGACGUUGGAAUUUGUACGCAAUGGUAUUCCUAUUUGUCUGAAGGUGUCCCCUCCGAUCGCUCGGGAAGUAUCCCUCAAUAUGGUUGCGGGCCUGUUAUCAUUGCGGGGCGAGGCAAAGUUGUUCGAGAUAGUCGCUGUCCCAAAGGAUGAGGAGCGGGAGAACGUCUCCGAGAUUCCAGUAUUUCCGGACGAACUGGAUCCUAUGAUAUUGGCGGUAUUGGGGUCUCAUGAAGCUGUUUUUCACACUCCGCCGGGCAUGCUGUCACCGAGACGUUUCGACCACCACAUCCAUUUACUUCCGCAUUCAAAGCCGGUCAAUGUGCGGCCAUACCGCUACCCAUACUUCCAGAAGAAUGAGAUCGAGCGACAAGUGAAGGAGAUGUUGUCCUCAAGAGUGAUACGACCGAGCCAGAGCCCUUUCUCUUCUCCGGUGUUGCUCAUUCGGAAGAAAAAUGGUACAUUUCGAUUUUGUAUCGAUUACAGAGCCUUGAAUAAAGCUACGGUGCAUGAUCGUUUCCCUAUUCCCACUUCGGAUGAGUUGUUUGACGAAUUGGGAUCGGCACGAUUCUUCACUAAACAAGAUCUGCGCUCCGGAUACCACCAGAUUCGAAUGCACGCGGAUGACGUCUUCAAAACAGCUUUUCGGACACAUGAUGGCCAUUUUGAAUUCCUGGUUAUGCCGUUUGGCUUGACUAAUGCUCCCUCGACGUUCCAGUCAGCGAUGAAUGAGGUUUUACGGCCUCUACUGAGACAGUUUGUUAUCGUCUUUUUUGACGAUAUUUUAAUUUACAGUCCAACUCUGGAGUCUCAUGUUCGUCACUUACACGAGGUACUCACGAUCUUAAAGGCGAAUCAGUUCUUUGUAAAGUUGUCAAAGUGCGUUUUUUGCAAUACACAAGUUGAAUAUUUGGGGCAUUUGGUGUCCGCGGGGCAGUUGAAGGCUGACCCAGAGAAAAUCGGAGCCAUGGUGGCUUGGCCGAUUCCGAAGUCUGUCAAACAAUUGCGCGGUUUCCUGGGUCUCACCAGUUAUUAUUGUCGGUUUAUCGCUAACUAUGCCGCAAUUGCGGGUCCACUAACAGAGUUGCUUAAGAAGGAGGCCUUUGCUUGGUCGUCCGCCGCUGAGGAGAGUUUUUCGGCUUUGAAGGCUGCUAUGACGACAGCUCCAGUGUUGAGGCUGCCAGAUUUUUCAAAAACAUUUUCUAUUGAGACGGAUGCGUCAGAUUUUGGUGUAGGUGUUGUACUUCUUCAGGAUGGACAUCCCUUGGCCUUUUUCUCCAAAAAACUGGCCCCCGUCGACGGGUAUCUUCGAUGUACCAUAAGGAAUUGUACGCCAUUCUGGAGGCGGUUCAGAAGUGGCGUCAAUACCUAUUGGGGCGGGAAUUUGUGA